AUGUCAUGGCUCAACUAUCCCACAAACCCUGAAAGUGCUGUAAAAACUGAAAAGUGUUCAAGGGAACCUCAGGUACCCAUGGAAAAGACAGAUGACCAGAACUGCCAGCAUAGACAUGAAGAGGACAAUCCAAAGAGUUCCCCAUUUGACUUUGUAAUGAAACAGUUCCAAGGAAAGAAGUGUGCUCCUGAAAAAAGGAAAGAGCAGCCUUCAGCCAUCAAACAGUUCUUCAAAGGCUUUGACUUUGGGAAAUCUGAAGGCAAGGACAGAAGGGAAAUUGAAGAAACAGAAAUAAAUAAUGAUGGAGCUGAUGAUCAGAGUGAAAAGCAAGAUCUCUCUGUAGAAGAUGGACUAUCACAUCUCACUUCUGAAGCAGAGUCACCAUCUGGUGAGCAGAGAUUUAACCAGUUCAUGGAGAAACUGGGAAAGAAACCCAGCAGCAAGAAUCUGGAUCUAAAUAAUUGUGCACUAAAUGCAGCAGAUAUAACAGAGCUAGCUUCUUUACUGCCAUUUCUCCCAGAGCUGGAAGAGAUCAGCCUGUCCUGGAAUGGUUGUGCUGGAGGAACUUUGAAAGCUCUCACUGCCCAACUUCAUCAUGUGAACCUGUUAAAAGUCCUCCGACUUAACAACUGCAGGCUGACAGCUGAGGAUGUCAUCUCCUUGGGAGAGGCAUUUGAAAUUGUUUCUCAGCUUGAAGAACUGGACUUAUCAUGGAACAGUAACAUAGGUGGAAAACUGUCACUGCUGACAAAAAAACUUCAGGAAGCAUGCAAAUUAAAAUGUCUGAAAAUUACAGACUGUAACCUGACAGCAAAGGAUGGAGAAUCCCUUGCUGAACUGUUAAAUGUGAUCCCAAACCUUGAAGUAUUAGACAUCUCUAUCAACAAAAACAUUGGCUGCAGCAUGAAGGUUAUUGCUCAGGAUCUGAAAAAUGUGCCAGGCUUGAAAGAGUUAAACUUGCACAUGUGUGGAUUAAAGCAAGACAGCCUCCAGGGCUUAGACACUGCUUUGCAGCACCUCACAGAGCUAAGGAAAUUAGACAUCUCGUGUAACAGAGAACUUGGUGGCGGCUUUAAAGCAUCAACAGCUCAUUUGGCCAGCUUGAAAAAUCUGGAAGUCCUUGAUCUUCACCAGUGCUGUGUCACAGAAGAGGACAUGACUGUUUUGUCCCAGGUGAUACCUUUACUCUCCAAUCUUCAAGAGCUGAAUUUAUCCUCGAAUAAAAAUGCAGGAUUCUCAUCAGAUCCUCUUCUGGGCAGGCUCAGAUUUUUACCAAAGCUGAGAUCUGUGACCAUCAGCAAUUGUGGCUUAGGUGAAGAGUCCCUUUCAUCACUAGCUGAGGCUGCCCUUCACCUUCCUGAACUGGAGAUAUUAGACCUUUCUUGGAAUAAGUGCGUUGGUGGGAACCUAAAGCUGCUUUUGGGAGCACUAAAGCUUGCAACGGAGAUUCAAGUGUUAAGACUGAGCAGCUGUAACCUGGUGGCUGAAGAUUUGGCACUUCUAACAUCCCUGAGGCAAGAUGGCCAUUUAGCCAGAUUACAGAAGCUGGAUUUGAGUUAUAACAACAACAUCUCUGAUGAAGGCUGGGCUGUUUUCUGCCAAGGUUUAGGAGCAUUCAAGGAACUCUCAGAGCUGGAUGUGAGCCUCCGGCCGUCGUCCUGCAGGGACUGUGGGCCAUGGUUUGGGGAGCUGUUGGCAGCACUGACACAGCUGCCAGCCUUGGCAGAGCUGGCCAUGCAAAGAUGGGCCCUUUCAGAGUCCCAGAGGAAACAAAUGGAAGGCUUUAAUCAAGACAACAAAAGAAACAUUCGUUUGGACUGUUGA